GAAUCCAUUGCCCCUAUUUCCUGUCACAUGGCUUGGAAAUAGGAUCGCCGUUUUCUACUAUCUGCUCUGUCCUCCGCGGUGUCAGAGUUAGUUGUUAUACCUGCAGUGACGCUGAGACACUUGUUUUUGAGACGACCCUUUCCCAGACUGCUGCCAGUUAAGAUACCAGCCAGCGAGCCAAACAGCCGGGCAGCCAGCGCGCGUACCAGGCUGCACUUCACCUGAGAGGGAGAUCUCCUUCAGACUUUUUAACGCACACCAUGGAUUCCUGGAGGGCCACAUCUGCGCUUCUCCUCACAGGCUUUAUCACCACGGCGGCUUUUCGGCAUUUCGACAGCGAGUGUUACACUGCAAACGGCGAGGAUUACAGGGGGUUCCAGAACCAAACCAGCCUGUAUGGAGGGAAACCUUGCCUGUUUUGGAAUGAGACUUUCCAGCAUCCUUACAACACCCUCAAAUAUCCCAAUGGAGAAGGAGGUCUGGGAAGCCACAACUAUUGCAGGAAUCCUGAUGGAGACGUCCAGCCAUGGUGCUACAUUGCCGAUCAUGAAGAUGUGACGUACUGGAAGUAUUGUGACAUACCUACAUGCCAGAUGCCCGGGAAUUUAGGCUGCUACAAAGACACAGGUCAUCCACCGACUCUUCCUGGGGCCCACGAAAUCUCCAACAAACUCACAAUUCAGACCUGCAUCAACUUCUGUCGCAGCCAGAAAUACACGCUUGCCGGCAUGGAGUCAGGAUAUGCCUGCUUCUGUGGCAAUGAAGGAGACCUGCAAGACCAUGUUAAAUCAUCCAACAUGGAGUGUAACCAUGUUUGCUUCGGUGAUCACACUCAGCCCUGUGGAGGAGACGGCUGGAUCAUCGUCUUUGACAUCCGAGUUGGUGCCUGUGGUGGGAACUACACGUCCCCGACCGGGGUGGUUUACUCCCCCGACUUCCCUGACAAAUACGCAGCCAGCCGCGUUUGCUACUGGACCAUCCAGGUCCCUGGUUCCUACGCAAUCCUCUUCAAUUUCACCUUCUUUGACAUCUCUGACCAGACCGACAUGGUGGAGCUUCUGGACGGCUACACCAGGGAGGUGGUUGUCCGCUUUGACUGGCGCAGUCCGCCGCGGGAGUUGGUGAACAUCACAGGAGACUUUGUUAUUCUGUACUUCUUCUCAGAUCGCACCAAUCAGGCCCAUGGAUUUGCUCUUUUGUACCAAGCCCUCAGACGGCAGGACACCAGAACCACAGUUCCUAGAGGUUCUGAUGAAAGCGAAGACUCCUCCAGCACGUUGGGACCGCAGCUGUCCAGCGGCGUCACCGAGCGCUCCAACAGCACAACGAACGGGCGCACCUCGCACAUCCUCUACGUGAUCACGUCCAGCCCCGGCAAACCCGAGCACAACAUGCCAGGUCAGUGGGCUGGACGCGACGAGACCACCGGCCACACCGCUAUGUGGACCAUCUACGCUCUGGCCGCUCUCCUCAUUCUGACGGUGGUGGCCAUGGUGGCCAAGCUGCUGCUCCACGUCACAGUCAAGACCCCGAACAUCCCGACAGUCAGUGGCUCAGACAGCUGCAGCCAGAGCACAGUGUCCUCUGAGCCGUGGAUCAUCCUCUACCGGCCCUCCACCAUCUCCCUCUUCAAGAAGAAGCUAAAGAGCCAUCAUGGGGAUCUCAGCCCUCUGGUGGGCCACUAGUGCUGCUGCUGCUGCUGCUCUCCACUCUUAUUGCCAUCCACGAAUCCUCUGUACGAGGGCUGUCAGAUGACAUGGCCCUCAGACAGUGAAAUUCAAUGAGGCGCUUGACUAAUAAGCAAACGACUGAGUGAUUAAUGACAACUGACUCAGUGACUGCCGCCAAAUGGCCUUUUGGCCAAAUAAAAAGAAAAAAGAUGGCAAGGCAGUCUCAUUCCUCUCGGCACCAAAGAAGGAGGGUCACGCAGGGGUAUAAGGGACCACAGUGACAGAGAGGAGAACUAUAAGGCUGCAUAGAAGCAGAUCCGCAGCUCUGACGGACUUAAAAGGACGCUUUUAACAUGCAGGAGGCCGUUUUCAUCCAUCGCAGCCGUCCUCUGCAAUCAGCAUACCUCUAAAAUCCCUCCAGACUGCAGCUUCGCGGCUGAAAAUCCAGAGCCGCAUACAGAAAACUCGGACACUUGCAGUCAAAGCUUAACAGCUUCACAACUCAUAACUGCCUCAAAUGGAAGAACAUUUGCUGUAACAAGCCAGAAUCCUUUCCCUCCAAAGAGUCGUAGAUGUUUGUCUUUUUAUUUUCCGUUUGCAGAUGCUUCCCUUCAAUUUUGUUCUUUCUCUCUUUAACAUGUCUGUAGAAAAUAACUUGGGGAUAGGGAACUAAUGGUAAUGGAGGUAUCAAAGCACUUUGGGUCCAAUUGUAAAGACCGGAGUGAAGAAGAGCCCCCUCGUCUUUUUUUUUGCUGAAAAAUUUGGGUGAGAGAAGAAAUAUCAUUGUGAAAGUUAGGGGAAGGUCUGGAUUGUUGACAAACUGCCAUCUAGAGAUGUUUAGGAUGGUGUGAGCCCAGCCACUCCUCCCCCCCUCCAUCCCAUGUGUGCUGUGGGUAGGAGUCUAUUCAGUUUGAUGGUGUUUAAGUGCCUUAAGGAUCUCCUCUUCCACUGCCAUCACUCACAAAUGAUCUAAUUGAUGCAGACGCGAGGACUGAGACCAUCACCA